AUGAAAGCUGUAGAACAACAGCAGCAGCUAGAAGAGAUGUUCAGUGAAGAUCUGCAUGCAGGCGGUGGAAACGAAGUAAACUGUUCAGGGUUUGAUAGUGUUGUUGAAGAAAGAGAGAUAUGGCCUGAUAAUAGCCAGCAAGAUGACGAGUUGCUCGAUAUUAACGAUGCUUCGAUUUUCUACGCCGAUUUUCCUCCUCUACUCGAUUUCCCUUGCAUGUCUUCUUCUUCGUCGUCGCCUUCGACUCCGGCACCUGUCAAGGUCAUUUCAUGUUCCUCCUCCGCUUCUACUGCUUCUCCCUCGUCUUCGGCGGCUUCUUGGGCAGUUUUGAAGUCGGAUGCCGAUGAAGAUACGGAGAGGAAGAAUAACGGGCAUCAUGGUCAUCACCAUCAGCAGCAGCAGCACAAUGGGCCGCAUGAUCUGUCGGCUUUAUCUUCAACUGCGUCCAUGGAAAUAUCUCAGCCGCCGGAUCAGAACGUCGUGGAUGGUGUUGAUUGUAUGGACGUUAUGGAGACUUUUGGAUAUAUGGAUCUACUAGAUAACAAUGACUUCUUCGAUCCGUCUUCUAUAUUUCACCACGACGAUACUGGUCUAGAGGAGUUUCAACAAUAUCAUCAACAGCAGCAGCAGCAGCAGCAAGAACAUGAGUCGACUCAACAGCAGGUAGAGCAAGGAGGAGUUAUGCAGAGAAAAAACCAGGACGGCCAGACCCAAGAACAUAAAGCGACAGAUGAUUUAGCCACGGUGUUCUUGGAGUGGCUCAAGACCAACAAAGAGACCGUAUCGGCAGAGGACUUGAGGAGAGUUAAAAUCAAGAAAGCCACCAUAGAGUGCGCCGCCCGGCGUUUGGGUGGCGGUAAAGAGGCCAUGAAGCAGCUGUUGAAGCUCAUCCUUGAAUGGGUGCAAACCAAUCAUCUUCAAAGAAGGCGCUUCAAAGAAUCAACAGAAAAUCUCCCUUACCAAUACUAUAACCCUAACCCAAACCAAAACCUCAACUGCAAUUCUAUCUUGCCAUCCGAACCAAACUCUUGUUUUUCUCAGCCGGCAUGGAUUCCACAGCCAGCUUACGCAAUUGACUCAGCUGCAGCUGCGGCGCCACCGUUGCCAGGUUUCGCACCGGUAGUUGGGUAUAUGGGUGACCCUUUUGCAAAUGGAGCACCUAAAGUUUCUAGCCACCACCCUUGCCAUCCUCCAACAGAUUAUCAUAUUCUGGAAUCAGUUCAAACAUGGGCACCUUCACAAUUUGCUUUGGCUUCUCAAUACAACUCCUUUCCGGACAAUAAUCUUCAUCAAGCUCCACUUCAACAGCCUUCUGCUUUUCCUUACGUGAAUCAGUUUACGUAUCAGUAUGCUCCGGGCCACAAUAAUGAUCAAAGGUUAGUAAGGUUGGGCUCAUCCGUGACGAAGGAGGCGAGAAAGAAGAGGAUGGCUAGGCAGAGAAGGUUUGCACCACACCAUAGGAAUCACAGUCAUCAUCAUAAUAAUCAACAAAACCAGAUCCAGAACCGGAGUGUUGAUCAACACGAAAGGCUUGUUAACGAUAACUGUGUCGUCGCUGCAGCCCAAGCCAACCCCAGAAACUGGGUUUAUUGGCCAUCGGUUGGUGGUGUUCUAGCAUCAAACCCUCCAGUUCUUCCCGGUGAUGCCGCUAUGGUGCACCCCGUAGAACGACCGGCCAUGCAAGUGCAGACUUAUCAGCAGCGGCAAGUGGCACCAGAUAGACAACAAGGAUGGAAACUGGAGAAGAAUUUGCGGUUUCUUCUGCAAAAAGUUCUGAAGCAGAGCGAUGUGGGAAAUCUAGGAAGAAUAGUGCUGCCAAAGAAAGAAGCAGAAACUCAUCUUCCAGAGUUAAAAGCAAGAGACGGGAUCUCCAUAGACAUGGAAGACAUUGGAACAUCUCGAGUUUGGAACAUGCGCUAUAGAUUCUGGCCAAACAAUAAAAGCAGGAUGUAUCUUCUUGAAAAUACAGGGGAUUUCGUGAGAACGAAUGGACUCCAAGAAGGAGAUUUCAUUGUAAUAUAUUCAGAUGUAAAAUGUGGCAAAUAUUUGAUACGAGGAGUGAAAGUCCGGCAGCCGGGGACCAAAUCGGAGGCCAAAAGACAAGGGAAGUCCCAGAAAAACCAGCUUACGAAUUCUCCGGCUUCUGCCGCCGUCAAUGCUGCAUUAUCGACGCCGAUCACACAAACAGUAAGGUAACAGA